CGGCUCCUCCGCCCGCGCACCAGAAAACCGUCUAUUAUUUUCGCACGGUGCUCCCGACGGGGGGCGCGCGCGGCCUGUACGCGAGCGCUACACUCGCCGUGGUCGUCACGCCGCGCGCGCCUAUAUAAGGUUCCGGCCACCCGGUCGGAACCAUCACAUCCACACCGUCGACGGUCCAGUCCGAACACGACGACAGUACACUCGGCACUCGCUAAAAUCCUGUAAUCCGCAGCGUCAUGUCUCCUCCGUCCGUCGCACUGUCGUCCGUUUGCGUAGCCCUGGCCGUCUGCGGUCUCGCCGCUUCCGUGCCCGUGGAACACCAACAACAGCAACCGCAACAACCGCAACAGCAGCGGCAAGAGGACGGCGGCGCCGCGGCUUCCGCCGGAUUCGGCACGGUCCUGUGGUCGGUGCUGGACGACUGUUUCGGCGACGUGGACGCGGCCGGACCGGCCACCGUGUGCCUCAAGUCCAAAGCGCUGACGGCCCUCGACCGGGCCCUGGGCAAGCCCGCCUUGACCCUCACAGACGGCGUCACGCUGACCGCCAGGGCUGGAAAGUCGCUGGCCGUCGACCCGCAGGCCGACCGGGCAGACCGCGCCGCCCUGGACGCCGCUCCGGACGCCGACAGCAAGAACGCCCUGCUCGACGACAUGCUCGCCAGCCGCAUGGACAGGCUCAUGUCCACCAGGACCAUCGCGCUGGACGGAGCCGGCCAAGAAGGUCGCAAGAAGAAGGACAAGGCCAUGCAACAGGCCAUGAUGAUGGCCGGCAUGAUGGCCGCGGCCGUCAUGGGCCCGAUGGCGUUCAAGAUCUUGGCGUUGAUCGCCGGAAAGGCGCUGUUGCUGAGCAAGAUCGCACUGGUGUUGUCCGGCAUCAUAGCGCUCAAGAAGCUGCUCCAACCCCAACAGGGCGGACACGAAUCCGAGUCGGUGUCCCAUCACUACGGCCGGAGCUUUCACAGACCCGAAGCCCACGACGUGGCUUACUCUGGCCAAAAGCCGCAGUAGACCUCAUCGGCGGACGGCGUGAUCACCGGAGCGUCGCGUUUUGAUAUUAAGCGUGUAUUUACGUGUUAGACUAUUAAUUUAUUAUUUAUUAUUUUUAUUUUGUACCUAAGUCUGGCCGAGUUGUUCGUACGACAGUCGAAACCGGUCUGCGAAUGAAAACUGUAUUCGUUCGAAUGUCGCACUAGCGUCUUUUGAAAACUAUUUAACCAUUGUCAUACAACAACUGUAUUAUUACCGAUGUUUAUAAUAAUAUCAUUAUUGAAACUUAUAGACCUGAUGAAUGAAAAAAAAAAUCAAAAUGUUUAAGAUUCCGAAAAUGUCUAGUUAUUUUGUCUGUGUGUUGUCACCUAGCCAUUUAUUGUCACUAUUUUAUGGUUAAAAAAAAUUUCAUCUGCUUUUUAUAAUAUUUUAGCCGCUAAAAACAUUACCGCGUUAACGCAUUAAACACGAUAUGACGUCUAGAA